AUGAACGUCUCCUGCGAAUGCCAAAACGUAGUUUUCAAAACUCCGUUGGCGAAACCGCUGGCGCUUUAUAUUUGUCAUUGUAAUGAAUGCAAACGACAAUCCUCCUCCGCAUUUGGCGCUUCUGCUAUCUUUCCUCGAUUUCCAUUGCCGUGUCCGGAGUUUUUGGCGGUUUAUACUACGCCUGGAAAAAGCGUUGUCAGUGUGAAGGGAGGUUGUAUUGAGGGAUUGGAUUGGAAAAUGGCCAAACAUAUUUGGGUUAAGAGGGCUAUGGUUCCUAUUCCUGAAGGAGCUGAAGUGUUAGAAGAGGAACCGGAUUAUGAUCCUUACAUUUGUAGGACGACAGAUCUUUUGGAAAAUGGAAAGAUGGAUGCUGGGGCUGCGUGA